CGCGGUCUACGAAGGGAGUGGUGGCUGGGUAGAAGUGCGUAGGCAAGAGUGACAGAGAGGAGAAGUAAUCGAGGCCAUGAUGAGUAAGCAAUGGGAGACAGCAUGUUCAUCAGUGUUGUAACGGAAGAUUCAGCUGGUUUUGUGGGUGGGAAUAACCUCUACUCACCUCUCUGCGCUCUCAACUUGAAGUCCAGGACCGCUGCUGCGAUUAAACUUGCGUUGCUGCUGAACGUUGGUGGAUACAGCUGGGGAGGGGCUGCGACUGAUGUGCGGCUAAGUUGGGGACUGCCGCUAGUCGUUGGCAGGCCGGGGCGUUCUGAGUUGACUGGUUCACCAAGGGGUCCAAGAGCUCAGACGGACGAGCCUGGAACUGCCAAACUCUUCGGUGGGCACUGGAUUGCUGAGGCAAUCGGUACUCCGGCUGUUUGGGGUCACCUAGCAUAGGGCCGCGGCUAAGCCGGGCGCUGUCCCUCGCUAUACAUCGCGCUGUGAUUGAGCGACUGCUGGACUGUCCCAGGACUUGAAGCUAGAGGUGUCAGAAAAGUUACCACAGGGAUAACUGGCUUGUGGCAGCCAAGCGUUCAUAGCGACGUUGCUUUUUGAUCCUUGGAUGUCGGCUCUUCCUAUCUUUGUGAAGCAGAAUUCACCAAGUGUUGGAUUGUUCACCCACCAACAGGGAACGUGAGCUGGGUUUAGACCGUCGUGAGACAGUUUAGUUUUACCCUACAGAUGCACCGUCGUCGCAAUGCUAAUCCAACCCAGUACGAGAGGAACCGUUGGUUCGCACAAUUGACAAUUGUGCUUGGCUGAAAAGCCAGCGGUGCAAAGCUACCGUGCGUGGGAUUAUGACUGAACGCCUCUAAGUCAGAAUCUGUGCUUGCAGUGACGGCGUAUGCCUCCUCGGAUGACACAAGGCUGUCGAUAGGGCCAGCCGGUCUGGCCCCGAAAGCAUAAGUUCGGAGUUGUCCGUCCCUCCUGCCGCGGAGCACCGACGUCCAGGGGGUCUCUUCAUCGCAAUUUCUUUCGCUCGGGGAGUCAAACCCUUUGCAGACGACUUAGACAGGGAACGGGGUGUUGUAAGCAGUAGAGUGGCCUUGUCGUCACGAUCUGUUGAGAUUCGGCCCUUUGUUCCAAAGGUUUCCCCCACCUUCUGGCCCGUCACCCCUCCUCAAAUGUUUUAACGACGGUCAUCCGCGUCUGAAGAGAGCCGUCGCCCUUGUAUAGGGGCCGAUGAGCUGCUUUCUUCUUUUUUUUUUCCUUUUUUUUUUUCCUUCAUUUUUUUUUCAGUUUUGCUGCUUCCGUCUGAAGCCCCUUUUGCCCGAUGUGGUACUCGACUUUCGGCUCAAAGGAGAAUUGUGCCCGAGCCCAUGUUGGGGUGGGUGCCACGUUGUAAGCUUCUGGCCACUGCGGCGCGCCAUCUGUCCGAAAGCAUGGAUAUGUGUCCGCUUGUCUUCCUAUACUUGACCCGGUGGGCGAUUGUGCAUGCCACAUUGUCAGAUGUCGCCCCAUACGGCCUGCCACGUUUGGCUGCACGGAGACCUGGGACCAAAGGCUGGAUCGACGUGAGUGCCACAUUGUGCACUUACUCACGAUGUGGCGGGCGACCUUUGUUUCAGUUAAAAAAAAAAAAAAGCUCUUCUUCAAGUAUUCAAACAAAAUGCAAACGUGUAC